AUGUUUCAACGUGCGCAACGUAGGAUGGAGUUCGAGUAAGUUGCAAAGCAAUGGGGAGUGUGCCGUGGAACGCCUCGAGAGUUUUGCUGGGAACUUGAUCGGUCGGAGUGAUCGACGAGGUUGAAAGCCAGUGUGCAAGGACGGUCGAGUUGAACGGCAAUGAAGACAAGCGGGAAUGUGGGAUGUUUGGCAUGAUGGGUUGAGACAUAGACAACCGUUAACGUUUGUACGCAUGAGAGUGUUUCGUGGCACAUCUCAGGAGCUGUGCCGUGAAGUGUGCCAACACUGACGACCCUUUGCCUUGCGUGACAGGGCAUCGCCAGCUUUGGAACUACGGCUUCAUUCACCGUGACGUGUCCUAUGGCAACGUCAUGGUCGACCGGAACGGCGCUGGAGUCCUGAUCGACUACAAUUUGGCGGUAAAGAAGGCUCGAACGGCGGAAGAAGAGUGUCGCCUCAGCCGCUCGGUACGUUCUCUCGUCCGUGCUAGCCCUCGACACGUUCUUGGUCUCACCCAACUCCUUUCCACCCUUCCCCUGUACCAUGAUCAACCACAGGGCACGCUUCCCUACAUCUCCCGACUCCUGCUCGUACCCGAAACCGAGAGUGUGGUGCAUGAGCGAUGGCACGACAUAGAGUCCUUUUUCUACGUGGCGUCCCGCACGGCUUUUCAAUCUGAACCUUCCGACGCGACCCUUUUCGAAAAGUCGGACGCUGCAGAUAUUUGGAACGCGUGGAACGCCCAAAAGCUCAACAAUGCAGCAAGCAGGAAAAAUGGGCUGUCUACGAGAUCCGGCUUCAGGGAGCUCCUGGACGCAUGCGCAUCUCGUUGGUCUGGCAUGGAGAAGGUUCUGAGUGUCCUGCAGCAAAAUUGCUCGCUGGAUUGGUCUUUCGCAAGGCUGAGACGCAUCGAUACAGAGCCAGAACUUGCGUCGCUUUGGAACUCCGGUCAGAUGUCGUAUGAACACGUCCAGGCGGCUUUCAAGGCCCUUUGCGAAUAG